AUGCGCAGGGAUGUCGGGACCGCGCCGGUGCUCCCGCCUCCCUCCCGCACAGCUCCGUCUGCCGGGCGCGCCCCGCCACUGCCGCCGCCCAUCAUCCGGCCUCGGGGCGCGCCGAGGAUUCAUCUGCUCCUGGGGGUGCCAGGCACCCAGGGGAGCCAGAUCAUCGGGGGAAAGGCAGCAGCACCCCAUUCCCGGCCCUUCAUCGCCUCCAUCCAGAUGGACGGGGAGCAUGUCUGCGGGGGCUUCCUGGUGUGGCCCAAGUGGGUGAUGACAGCUGCCCACUGCCUCAUUCCCAGGCGCAGCCCCUCGGUGCGCGUGGUGCUGGGAGCCCACCGGCUGCAGGAGCCCGAGGAGUCCCAGCAGAUCUUCAGUGUGGUCGAGUCCAUCGCCCACCCACUCUACAACCCCCGUGCCGUGGACAACGACAUCCGCCUGCUCCAGCUGAACAGGUCAGCCACGCUGAACAAGUACGUGAAGCGGAUCCGCCUGCCUUCACCACACAUCGACCUGAAGCCCGGCACUGUCUGCUACGUGAUGGGCUGGGGGGACACCUCCAACUUUGGAGACCAGCCCACUGAGCUGAUGGAGACCAACACCACCAUCGUCAAGCGGAGCUUGUGCCGGACGCUGUGGAGAGGCAAGGUCUCGGCCAACAUGCUGUGCGGGGCCAGCCGCAACGCCACGCUGCAGGGUGUCUGUGCCGGUGACUCCGGGGGACCCCUGGUCUUCAAGGACAAGGUUUAUGGCAUCGUCUCCUUCUCUGGGGAGAGAUGCGGGGACCGCCGGUACCCUGACAUCUACACCAAGAUCUCCAACUACAUUGAGUGGGUGCAUCACACUGUGCAAAGGUUCCGCCGUCGGAAAGGGUGGCUGAAGCCCUGGUGUGGCUCAGAGUCCUGGGGGCAGGAGGGCUGUGGGAAGAGGGACUGA